AUGUCACCAAGUCGUGAACAAACCCAAGUGACCUCCCAAGAGGUUGGCAAUGCAGAGCAGGGGGCAGCCUCUCUAGGUGGUGCCCCAAGACGGGAGAGGGAACCUGAGCCAGAGAACAACUCUGUUUACCACCUGAUUGAUGGAUUACAAAAAUUCAGGAAGGGGGAGCUGCUACAAACUCUUGGGGCCAUCCAGAUCCUGAACGGAGCAGUAAUUCUAGCCCUGGGAAUUUUUCUGGGCUCCUUACAAUAUGCGUCUCAUCUCUACAGGCACUUCUUUUUCUUUACCUUCUACACAGGCUAUCCACUAUGGGGCGCUGUGUUCUUUAUUGGUUCUGGAUCCUUGUCUGUGGCAGCAGAAAGGAAAAACACAAGAGUUGCUAUGCAGAGCAGUUUCGGGAUGAACAUCUCCAGUGCUGUAAUUGCGCUCAUUGGAAUUAUUUUUCUCUCCAUAAACUUAGCAUUUAAUAACCAGUCACUCGAGAGCUGUGGCUCUUCACAGUCACCAGAUCUGUGCACUUACAUGGGCUCCUCAUCAACAGGUCUGGUGUCUCUAAUGCUGAUCCUCACCUUGCUGGAAUUGUGUGUAACCAUCUCUAUUAUAGUCAUGUGGUGCAAAGCAAACUGCUCUAAAUCAAGAGAGAUCUCCACUCAUGUUAAUCACCUCUUCUCACCUGGAAAAGAUUAA